GGCGGUCGUUUCGGCCGCCCUUGCAGGACUGCGGUCCGCGGUUUUGGCAGCCCGUGGGCGUUCGCAUCAACCAUAUCAACAGAGUAUCCAAUUCAAAGGGCCGGGAGCGUACGUGUACCACCACCAUCACCAUCUCGUCUGCUCCACAGCUCCAGCCCACGGAGACCGACGAAGCAAUACAAAAUCCGGAGAAAAUCGCAGGAGGCGAAGAGCAGAUCCGCUUCCUCGUCCAGCGAUUGCCCCUUCCCCGCCAUGGCGUCGUCGGCGCUCAUCUGCAACACCGAGCAGUGGAAGGCCCUCCAGGCGCACGUCGGCGCGAUUCAGAAGACGCACCUGCGGAACCUGAUGGCCGAUGACGACCGCUGCAAGGCAAUGACGGCGGAGUUCGAAGGGAUAUUUCUGGAUUACUCAAGGCAGCGGGCGACUGGGGAAACCGUGGAGAAGCUGCUCAAAUUGGCUGAGGCUGCAAAGCUCAAGGAGAAGAUUGGGAAGAUGUUUAAAGGUGACAAGAUAAAUAGCACAGAGAACAGGUCAGUGCUUCAUGUAGCUCUAAGGGCUCCAAGAGAUGCGGUCAUAAAUAGUGAUGGGGUGAAUGUGGUCCCCGAGGUUUGGAGUGUUAAAGAUAAAAUCAAGCAGUUUUCAGAAACUUUUAGAAGUGGAUCAUGGGUUGGGGCAACUGGAAAGGCAUUGACAAAUGUUGUGUCAGUUGGAAUAGGCGGCAGCUUUCUUGGGCCUCUAUUCGUGCAUACUGCUCUCCAGACUGAUCUAGAAGCAGCAGAAUGUGCGAAAGGCCGACAACUGAGAUUUCUUGCAAAUGUUGAUCCAGUUGACGUUGCACGAAGCAUCAAAGAUUUGGAUCCUAAAACUACUCUUGUGGUGGUUGUAUCGAAGACCUUCACGACAGCUGAAACAAUGCUAAAUGCUCGAACUCUUAAGGAGUGGAUCAUCUCUUCUCUUGGGCCGCAAGCUGUUGCGAAACAUAUGAUUGCCGUCAGUACUAAUCUUAAGCUUGUGGAGGAGUUUGGAAUCGACCCAAACAAUGCUUUUGCAUUCUGGGACUGGGUUGGCGGCCGCUACAGUGUUUGCAGUGCCGUUGGUGUUCUUCCAUUAUCUCUUCAGUAUGGCUUUCCAAUUGUUCAGAAAUUUUUGGAGGGUGCUUCCAGCAUCGACAACCACUUCUACUCAUCUUCAUUUGAGAAAAAUAUACCUGUACUCCUUGGUUUGCUGAGUGUGUGGAAUGUUUCAUUUCUUGGUUAUCCGGCUAGAGCAAUAUUGCCAUAUUCCCAAGCACUUGAGAAAUUCGCACCACAUAUACAACAGCUUAGCAUGGAGAGUAAUGGAAAGGGUGUUUCCAUUGAUGGUGUUCAACUUCCCUUUGAGACUGGUGAAAUUGAUUUUGGUGAACCUGGAACUAAUGGGCAACACAGCUUCUAUCAAUUAAUCCAUCAGGGAAGGGUCAUCCCUUGCGAUUUUAUUGGCGUAGUAAAAAGUCAGCAGCCUGUUUACUUGAAAGGGGAAACUGUGAGUAAUCAUGAUGAACUGAUGUCCAAUUUCUUUGCUCAGCCUGAUGCACUUGCUUAUGGAAAGACCCCUGAACAAUUGCACAGCGAGAAAGUUCCGGAAAAUCUUAUCCCUCAUAAGACUUUUCAGGGCAACCGACCAUCACUAAGUUUGUUGCUUCCUACAUUAUCUGCAUAUGAGAUUGGACAGAUGGGCCCAUACCAAACGUGUGUUUCCUCGCCUCGCUCCAUCACUCAACGCCUCUCGUGGACCAGCUCCCCAUCCUUUCACCCCCACCAAGCAUGCGAGUUGCGCUGCCGCCUCCUGGAUCCUGUCGCAUGCGCGAAAAAUCACCUCCCAGAGCCCCAUCGCCCUGCGGAAUGGCCCCAUUUUGCCGUUUGGAAUGAAGAAAGGCCGAUCUGAUUCCUAUUUUCAACUGAUGGUGCCUUGCGAGAUUUCACAGGAACGGAAAAAUCCACUCAGGGGUCGUUUUGAACGCAGGAAAACCACAAGUAAAACGAAGCAAUUGCGUUCCGGAGGAAGUUUCGAAAAAUGCCAUUUGGAAUGGAGGAAUGCACCUUCCAAUUCCACAUGAAAGGGUCCCUUUCCUCUCAAAACACAGGAAAUAAAAAAUCCAAUCAGAGCUCAAGUUUUUGCAGAGGCCCAAGGAAAGCCACAUGUGGAGAGAGGUUUGCUCUCCUGCAAGCCAUGUACCACCACCGCCAUGGUCGGAAGCUCGUCGCAGCCAUGGACUAGAUUGAGGCACGGCACACUCCAUAGGUGGAUGCACUCCGGGAGGGGCGAAAUUAGAUCGGCUUGGAUCUC